AUGGGUAAAGGCGAGACGACAGUGACUACAACAACCGAUAGUGAUAACAAUCCCGUUCUGGAGCAGUCUGCGAACGAGAAUCUCACAGGCGAUUCGCAUCUGCAGUCGGCUACCGUUCAUCUUUUAGAUGCCAGCACUGAGGUUUUUCACGUCUCGAAGAAAGCCGAAGGUAAAGAACUGUUCGAUAAAGUGAUUGAGCAUCUGAAGUUGGCCGAGAAGGACUAUUUUGGAUUAUCGUAUUUGGAUGAAAAUGGAAAUCGAUAUAGUUUAUUAUUUACCAUUCCAGGUCAUCCAUGGGUGUUCAACUUUGAAGUAAAAUUCUAUCCGCCUGAUCCAACCGCUUUGAUUGAUGAUUUGACUCGCUAUUAUCUCACACUUCAAAUUCGUCAUGAUAUUUAUACUGGAAGGAUUCCCGCUACUUUGGCUACACAUUCUUUAUUGGGAUCAUAUGUAGUGCAAGCGGAACGAGGUGAUUAUGAGGAUACGCCGGAUUAUGAUGAUUUUUUGCAAGACUGUCGAUUAGCACCUGUACCAUCGGCAACACUUUAUGAAAAGGUUCGAGAACUGCACAGACAGCAUAAGGGUGAAACACCGGCAGAAGCCGAACAACAUUAUUUGGAUAACGCUAAGAAGUUGAGCAUGUAUGGUGUCUUCCUGUUUCCAGCAAAGGACUCAAAAGGUGUACCAGUACAGGUCGGUGUGUGCGCGCAUGGAAUUUAUAUAUAUUGCGAUCAGAUACGUAUCCAUCGUUUCAUUUGGCAGAAUAUCAUCAAAAUCGCUUAUCGGAGAAACACAUUUACCAUUAAACUGCAACCCGGCGAGCUCGACAAAAAUGCGUCAGUGUUCGUACUCAAGGUACCAGAUUACGCUAGUGCAAAACGCAUUUGGAAAUGUUGUGUCGAGCAUCAUACUUUCUUCAGACUGAUUCAACCAGAUGAAAAACCACACAAAGGACUGUUCAGAUGGGGCUCAGGAAGGUUCCGUUAUCAGGGGAGAACGCACUUCCAAUCCAAAAUGGCUUCUCAAAUGUUUGGCCAUCCCUCGGAUACAGUACAACGAUCUCAUAGUGCACGUAUAGCAACAAUAAGUGAUGAAAAUGUUCCGCCAGAAAUAGGCGAUAAUCAACAGACAUCACCAUUGCAUUAUGUGGACGAUGGCACUUCACGUGAAAUGACAGUGCUAGAGAAAACGUACACGCUGAAUCACCAAACAAUGGAGGAGUUGCCGCUAACGAUCGAAGAGCAACGAAACAGAAUGCUGAACGAUAGCGAUGAGAAUGUGUUGUAUUCAAGACAUGAUGCUACCACGCUAACCGAGGUGGGUGAAUCGACAACGCGAAAUGAUUCGUCUGUUGUGGAUCGUUCCGCAGCGUUAAUGCAUGAUCAGUUAUAUCGCUCUACUCCUACUACCGCUGCUGCCACAUCUUUUGGCCGUCCUACUACUACAACUACUACUGUUGCUACUACUACUACCAGCACUUCUACUACUAAUCAUACUACUACUGCUACCACUACUAAUUAUCGUUACUCAUCCUCUUCCACUUCUCCGCUUCGUUUUUCUUCCUAUCCGCAAUCGAACGCAGCUGCAGCAGCUCAGUCAGAUAUCACUCCACAUUCCAAGCCACCCCUUCCACAUUCCAAACCACCACCAUUAAUGAAUCAACAACGAUUCACACUUCUCAAGUCUAAAAACGAAUGCCAAAGUAAUGGCACCAAUCAGCUUCCUGAAGCUAUUAACUCGCAAAAUUUGUUUUCGUUGCAGCAAACUGGCGCUGAUAACGAUUUUGAUGAGGUCACCCAGCUGCGGAAAGAAAGUGACCUACGGUUUGAUCCGUUACAAGGCACGGGUGUUGCGUAUCAUCCAGGGCAUUACGAGGAAAUCUCUCGAACUGGAGGACCAAUGCGUGAACCACCGGUCGAUGCUGACGAUGAUGUUGUUUUCAUUCCAGGAACAAAGUGGAGAAAUGAGAAAAAUCGAAUUGCCCAUGAACCUUCUACAACAACAACUUACUUAAAAAAUAUAGGUGCAGAUAUUGACAUCGAAGAUGAUCGCUUGCAUAAUCUGCACUUGGAUAAACAAGAUGAAUUGGCUGGUUGGCCGAUUCAAUACUUUGUUAACGUUUAUCAUUCCGGUUUGACUCAGCCGUAUCGUGGCGGUAAUCGUAAUAUUUUUGAUUUUCAACGAGCAAUUUGUGAAGGUGCUGAAGAAGUGAUUGAUGCGAAAGAUAUCAAGAAAUCAACAUAUCCUCAAGCAACUGCUGUUCUUACGGAACCAGUUAUGCGAACCGAACGUGCCGUAGAGUUAUCAGCUGCACCACUCAGAGCCUAUUCGUCAGUAUAUUAUGAUGGAGUCUCCUCUGACAAGACUGAGAAAACAACUGGCGCUAGCUCAUUUGAGUUGCACGGUCGAAAGGUAAACGAGAAGAAUAGGCAAACCUCGAAAUCACUUACCAAAGCGUCCAAUGAGAGGCGACGAAGAUUAUUCGGGUAUGCAAAACAUGGCGGUGAAACGGAAAUGAUUGAGAAGUGCAAUGUUCGUCCCGAAUUAUAUGGGCUUCCAUCAACAUCGUAUGACGGUCCGUUAGAAACGGUGAGGCGUGAUGAGGAAUUGCAUUGUACACCAAUUCGAGAGUAUUCAUCAGUGUAUCAUUGUGGUGUAUCUGUACCCAAAUCCAGACGACGAAAGUUGCGCCCUAUUACGACAUCGUCAUCGAGUCGUGGCGUAGGUGUUGGUGUAGGAAGCACAAAUGCAGAGGAAAAACGGAGCAUUAGCGAUCUCAGUAGUAGUUACAUUGGAGGAUCGUCGUCUGAAUUAUCUGAUGAAGACAUGGAUUCAGAACAAGAACUGGCUAGCGAUGAAUACAAGAAGAAAGCAAUCCUCCAUUUACGUGAUAAACCGUCCGUUGAUGUUGAAAAAACAGCUUCCUCUUCUAGUUCUGCUGCUCGAGGUGGCACUUUGCGACGUUUUAGUGAACGAGGGCAAGAACUGAUCGAAAAAGGCCGUGAAUUGUUCACUGUGAGUGGUAAAACGUACACAGUAUCGCAGUCAGGUGUUAGACAGCCUACUCAUUACGCAACUGAUGAUGCAGAUGACGUUCCUCAAUUGCUGAUUGCUAAAACAAAAGAUUAUGACUCGGAUCAGUUGCAGCCAACCAGAAUGGAGCACUUGUAUGGGAAUGCUCAUCUUGAAGAUGGUAGUAAGGUGAUCGAAAAGUCAUUUGUUAAAGUUGAAAAUUAUGGUUCACCAUCCACUUCUUAUGAAGACACUCUACAAAUCACAGCACGUGACCGAGAGCUUGAUAUGACUCCCAUUCGUGACCAUUCAUCGGUUUAUUAUUCGGAGAUGUCAUUUAUGAAAAGCCACAAAAAGCCUAUACCGACUCCUUCCAGAGAUUCUGAUGAACGAAUAAAGAGUGUAGAAAGAAAGGAGCAGUCACCCAGUUCGGCAGUGCCGGAGGAUAACAAAGGAAAAGAGAAAGCUGAUGAUGUCAUGGAAUUUCAGAAAGACGAUCAGAAACCUGGUGCUGGAGGUGGCCCUAGAUUGUUUUCUUUUUGGCGUUAUGGGAGACAGUCGAGAGAUGCAAAUACGCAACAGGUUAAAACUUCAGAAUCUGCUGACGAUUCUUAUUCGGCGACAAUUCCACGUUCACAUAGUGAGCACGUUGAUAACAUCGAAAAAAUUCCAGAGCUCCAGUCUGAACCUUUAAAAAGUGUAAAGUUGGGAAAGACACACUCAUUAGAGCAAACUGAAAUGCCUGAGACGCAUUUUGUCUGUAAACAGUUUGAUCGUGAGUAUCAAGAUCACUCUGAUUUAGCAGAAAAAUCUGAAACAAAACCACACUCGUUCUGUAUUUCUGGUGCACAAUAUGACGGGCCAUAUGAACAAACAGUUCGGCAAGGUGAAUUGCCAUCAUUACCAAUCGGUGAGUAUUCCGCAAAGUAUCAUUCGGGACAAAGCACAAUCACAGAAGAGGGAAACCAUGCUGAAAAAAGUCUGGAUGAGCCAAAAACGAAAGACACAACGAGUGGCAUGUUCUCUUUCUUACGAAUGCCAUCAAAACAAUCUAAAAAUAAAUUGGCUCAACAAACUGAUGAACGCGGAUAUCCUAUAAUAACAUCAGAACGUUACAAUGGUCAUCUUGAUAGCACAACGUAUAGAAAAGAUCUUCCACGUGAGCCGUUGCCUAUAAAGAUGGAUAAAGACCAGCCAUUGGAGGCAACCCUCAAAAAGCACGUUCAGGAAAAGACUGUCGGUAGUGAUGAAGCGUCUGCCAUGCCACCACCCAUCUCGUAUGAAGAACACUCGCAUAGUCUUGACAAGGGAAAAGAGCUUUCCUCUGCUCCGUUUCAUUACUCUGUAGUUGCACACUCGAGUGUGCGUGCAGAAAAACCAUCUGGAACGGUUGUAGUAGAUGAAGAGAGCAAAGGCAUACUUGGGCAAUCACCGGAAGGAAAACUGGAAAAUAAAGGAAGGGGCGAAGAGCGAAAUCCUGUUAUUGCAGAACCUGUUGGUUAUCCAGUCAUUACCAAGCAUGCUUAUACUGGCCCCUUACAUAACGUCUCUCCAUCGAACGAUAUUCCAUCUAAGCCACUGCAUACAGUUGUGAGCGUUUACUCUUGUGAUCAUCCAGUGAAGCACACCAAGAUUCGUGACCAACCACGUAAGAUGUUCCGUCACAUUUCUCAUCAAGGUGAUGAUGAAGUGGUUGAGAAAUGUGAUGUGAAACCUGAAACCUACCAUCUCUCAACAGUGAUAUAUCAGGGCCCAGUAGAUAUGACUCACCGAGCAGAAGAUCUUCCAUCAACUCCAUUACGAGAUCACUCGGCGGUAUACCACUCGGGAAUUUCAUUUAUCAAGAGCCAAAAAUCAAAACUUCCAAAGUUUGGCUUCGCUUUCAAAGGCGACGUUUCUAGUAAGCACCAUGGCGCUGAUGCAUCAAGUGAUUCAUCCUCGAGUGAUGACGAUGCUGAAAAAACAGUCGAGAAGUAUGCACACCAGUCGAGCAGUAAUGCUCCAAAUAUCGAACGAAAAGACCACAGUGAAAAGUCAGUUGGAAGCGGUGAGGAAGGUGGCGCUCAUUUCUCGUUUUGGCGCCUACAUGGCUGGCGUAGGAAACCGUCGAACGAUGAUGUUUGUUCAUCGAAGCAUGGUGAUGCAGGGGCAAAUAUAAAAGACGACUUGACAACUGGACCGAUUGGCACAACUGAUCGGUCAGAAGAAAUGCCUUCCGAAUCGUUAGAUGUUGCUGUUAAAUCGACAGUAAAACAACAAGCUAAGAAGUCGAGACUCCGCGAUCGACUUAGUGAUUAUCAUUUAUUCAUGCGUUCAUGUCAUGAUGGUGAUGAGGAAGUUAUCGAAAAAUCGAAGAUACCAAUUGAAUCCUAUAAUUUAUCAUCCGUUCCUUAUAAUGGGCCUCUAGAAUGUACAAAUCAUCAAGAAGAUCUCCAGUGGGUUCCAAUCAGCGAAUCCUCUUCUGUUUAUCAUCCUGGAACAUCCUACGUCAAGGGUAAGCGGCACACGGAAACAUCUGAAGAAUUUUCUUCCACAGAAGAAGAUGUGGAUGGCAGCAAACGGAGCAUCGGUGGUAUGAGCCUGGGUUUAUUCUCCUUCUGGCGCUCAUCGGAUAAAAAGCAUGUGAAAGAUGAAAAAACUGGCAAAGACGUUGAGAUGGAAAAGACAGAGGAUAGUGGGAGAGAGGUAAUCGUUCAUGAACAGAAAAAAAUUGAUGAAAUGAAGACACAACCGUUGACUGAAAUUGAAAGGGUUCAAGAAACGACUAUGAAAGAACCAAAACUGAAGCAGCGAUUGCGAGAUUACCGCCUGUUUGGUCGUAUUAAACUAGCCGGUGAAACCGAAGUUAUCGAAAAAGCUGAUGUAAUUCCUGAAUCUUAUCAGCUAUCAUCGGAUCCGUUCAGAGGUCAUAUUGAUGAAAUGCAUCGCCAAGAAGAGCUUACUGCUGCUCCAAUCCAAGAAUUUUCUUCUAUUUAUCACUCCGGUUUAUCAUUUGAUAAGUCUAGAAAAAAGACGAAACUCCCUGCAGUUAAUGUGAGUCGAUUGGAAUUAUCAUCUGAGUCGUCAAGUGACGAAACUGGUGAUGAAGUUAAGAAGAAAGCUCUAAUCUUCGUCAAAGGUACUGAAAGGGAAUUCGAGAAACACAGAGAUAGUCGUAGUGGUGGGUUGUUCGGUUUCUGGCGAUCGUCGGAUAGAAAAAAGAAGAGCACUGAUUUCUCUGAUACAAAUGAUGAUGGCUCAGGUCCUCAUGCACAAGAAACGUGUGAUGCUCCAAUUGAUGGAACAGUAAAAGAAAAAGAUUUACAAAUGGAACCACUGACGAAAACUGAAAAAAGUCUUCGUUGUAAAGUUAAACCGAAACUGCGAAAACGUUUGAACGAUUAUCGGCUGUUUGGGCGCAUUGUGCAUGGAGGUGACGAGGACGUCGUCGAUAAAAGUGAAAUUGAUCGGGAAUCAUACAAAUUAUCCUCAGUUCCCUAUCUAGGCGAAUUAGAAACAACACGAAACGAAGAGGAACUUUUAUUCACACCAAUUCGUGAACAUUCAUCAGUGUAUCAUUCAGGGUUGUCGUACGACAGACAAAAACGGCAUGAGGAGGGAGAAGAACCUUCCAAGGAAAAUGAAUCUGAGGAAUCAUCGGGUUCUACAGACGAAGAAGAUAUGACUGAUGGCGUAAAGAAGAGUGUUAAUGUAUCAUUGUGUGAUUCUCGAAGGGACAAUCGCGGCUUGUUUUCAUUUUGGCGCCCUUCCGAACGACAAGCGAAGGACGUUGAAAGCAACUCUUCUCGAACUGAAAAGUACCCCAAAAUAACGAGUGAACCUUACGGUGGACCGAUCUUCGAUACUAGCAAAUCAGUUGAAAUGAGGGGCGAACCUUUGUGUAUCGAAACAGCUCGCUUAAAAAUGAAUCAACCCAAGCUCUAUCAACGUCUGAAAGAUUAUCAUCUGUUCGGCCGUGUUGUGCAUGAAGGUGAAAGUGAUGUUGUAGAUAAAAAGGACGUAGAUCCAGAAUCUUACAAGUUAAGCAGCCAGUGCUAUGAAGGUGAUUUGCUAAUCGUCAGCCGAGCCGAUGAGUUGUCGUCAGCACCACUCAGAGAAUAUGCUUCCGCUUAUCAUUCAGGAUUAUCGUUUGUGAAAACAAAACGGGGAAGAAUCACCAAAUCACGUAAAGAUGGCGAAAUACAGAGCUCGUCUAGUGAUGAAUCGUCGUCAGAUGAGAGCACUCACGAUCAAAGUCGGAAAGAAAAAACUGGUAAAGGAACUAGUAGCGUAUUUUCGUUUUGGCGAGCUGCGGAACGAAAAUCCAUGCAAGAAGCCGGUGAAGGAGUGGGUAAAAAAGAAUAUCCUGGUACUACAGAAAAUAAGGGGGCUGAUGAGCUGCCAGCUGAGCUACCAUUGGCUACAAUGCCUAAAUUACAUGGAAUAGUAAAACCAAAACUACGUGAACGACUUAACAACUAUCGUUUGUUUGGUCAUGUAACGCAUGCGGGUGAUGUUGAAGUAAUUGAUAAAGAGCAUGUCAAUUUGGACACGUAUGGCUUGUCAAGUGCACCUUACCAAGGUAGGUUGGAAAACACUGUCCAUACGAGCGAUUUGCCAUACGCAAGAAUCAGUGAACACUCUUCUGUAUAUCAUCCUGGUACAUCUUUAAUUAAAACAAAAAAAACGAAGCCAACCGCAAAGUUGGUUUUGGGUUUCAUCAGGAAGAAAAGUGAUGAUUCAUCAUCGACCUCAUCAAUCACUGAAUCAUCCUCAGGUGAAGAAGUGGAUGAAAAUAAAUGUAAUGUUCCGGUGGAUACAUCAAAAGACGAAGAAAGAAGAAAACGGUAUGGUACAAGUCUGUUUUCUUUCUGGAAAUCGUUCGAUUCCAAGGAUAAAAACGCAACGGAAAAAGCAGUUACUGAGUCACAAGAAAUGACGAAAGUAUCUGCAGUAACUGCAGGAAACGAGCCUAAUACAUUCGAGAUGUCUGCGGUUAAAAAGCCGAAUCUUGAAGAACGUCUCCACGAUUAUCGUCUCUUCCGUAGGAGUUUUGUUGAUGGCGAAACAGAAAUAGUUGAGAAGCAAAAUGUGAAUCCUGAAGCGUAUAAACUGUCUAUGGAACCAUAUUUGGGAUCGUUAGAAAAUACUGAUCGUGUUAAUGAAAUGCCUUUUGAGCCAAUUCAUGAACACUCGUCUGUUUACCACGUGGGUACGUCUUAUAUUAAACCAAGGAAGGCUUUAUCAGAACGAUUGAGAUCCUUCGGAAAAGAAGAAAAGAGCAGUGAUGAGGAUGAAGGGGAGACUGUAGAAGAUAAAAAUGAGGCUAAAGUCAGUAAACUGGGCGCUGUGCUUCGUAUGAAAGAUGUAUCUAGCACUGAGGAAACUAAAGAUAAAGGGACACUUACGGGUGGUUUGCUCUCUUUUUGGCGCACACCAGAUCGAAAGGUGAAAGAGUCUAAAGGGCCGUCAGGAAAUAUCUCCGAAACCCCUUACUUAGUCGAUGAAACUGCUUCGAAUGAACUGAAAAAGAGUGUUGCUGAGCAAGAGGAAAAACUUGAACCAACUCGAGAAGUGGCGUUUGCCCGGAUGAGUCACGUAGCUACCAGUAGGGUGCAACCGUCGAGGCAAUCAAUCAGUGGAGACGCCUCGGCGGAGAGUAAAAAAGAUUUUGAACGAAUUGAUCAAUCUGAUAUCAUCGGAAAAGGGGAGUUACGACCGGAAAGCGGCAACAUUUCUAUUGACCAUUAUGAUGGGCAGUUGGAAACAACAAAUUGCUGCAGUGACCUUGCGUUUGUUCCAAUUCAUGAAUCAAGUUCAGUUUAUCAUUCUGGAUUGUCUCAUGGAGCAACACUAGAUGAAAAGCAGCCUCUAACGGGUGGAGAUCAUGAAAAGGAAUCUGAAAAGAAGCAAAUGGCUAUUUUGCGUGUGAAGAAGAGCUCAAAGGCUGCAGGCGAAGGAAGUAAAACGAAACCAAGUGGUUUACUCUCGUUUUGGCUCUCCUCAGAGCAAAAGCCAAAAGAUGUGCGCGACAUGCAUUCUGCUAAUGAUGAUGCUGAUGUUGCCUGUACUAACGCUGAGAAACCAACACUUCCAGUCGAUGCAUUAUCUCCUGCUUACAUCGGAACUGUGGAUAGUAUGUUACGUUCGGAAGAAUUGGCAUCGGAACCACUGAGGAAAAGCAAAGUAACAAAAUUGGAGCUGCAAAAACGGCCACAUAUCAAAACAAAAAUGCGUGAUCGUCUUGCUGACUACCAUCUGUUCCGUCGUGUUGUUUGCCGUGGUGAUGAUGAGCUUGUUGAGAAAGAUCAAGUUAAACCAGAAACUUAUAAACUGUCUUCAGCCGUUUACGCAGGUAAUUUGCAACGAUGUGAACCGUUGACAGAACUCGAAUUCUGUCCGCUCAAAGAUUUUUCGUCCGUUUACCAUCCUGGUAUUUCAUAUACGAAGAGCAAUCGUAAUAAGUCCACCACAGCAGGAAGAAGUUCUGCAGAUCGUCUAGUAGAUCACUCCUCAUCCGAAGAAUCGUCAAGUGAUGAGAGUGACAGUGGUAAACGGAAAGUUCGGACUACUGGUGGCAUGUUCUCGUUUUGGCGUUCUUCGGAACGUGUGCCGAAAGAAGCCAGUGGUGCUAUCGUCGAAACUCAUCCAAAAGUACCGACCGAAGAGCGUGUAGAACGUUAUAAGCUAAGAGACCGUCUUCGAGACUAUCGUUUAUUCAGGCAUCUGUGUCAUGAAGGUGAAGUAAGCUUCAUCGAAAAAGAUGCUAUCAAACCUGAAAGCUAUGGCUUGUCGACGGUGCAGUAUGACGGGCCUCUGGAAGUGAUUGCUCAUGAUGACGAGUUGUACUUUACACCAAUUCGAGAAAUGGCUAGUGUUUAUCAUUCCGGAAAAUCAGUUGUGAAGACAGAUCGCAAACGACCUUCAAAAAUUCUUGCAAAAGAUCAUGAGGAUGAUAAUUCCAGCUACAAUUCUUCAUCGGAAGAUGAAGAAAUGAAAUCGGUAGCAAUUGAGUCUUCAAAAGAUAGGAACGUUGACAAAAAAGCUGGAGGUCUCUUAUCAUUUUGGCGCUCCUCGGAUCGCAAACCGAAGAGAGAUUCAGCAAAACCGGAACAACAGGCCGCAUUGUCCAGUGGUGGCCCACCCAACAUUCCGGGUCACGAGGAUGAAAUUUGUCGAUUCGAUGAUAUCGCCUAUGAGCCUCUGCGGACGAAGAUUGCUGUAUAUCACUCGGGUAUAUCGAACUUGAACGAAAAUGAUAAAUUCGUCCGUGCUGCACAUGAGGGCGACACUUAUCAAAUAACUACUGACCCAUACCGCGGUCCCUUAGUAGUGGUGGAAAAGCAACAAGAAUUACCUCCUUCAUCUAUACGUCAGUAUGCAGCUGUUUAUCAUUCUGGGCAGUCAUCUGUUAGAUCCAAAAAGUUGUUGCCAGUGUUAUCAAACCUCGGGAAGAAAGAUGAUCUGAUAAAGGGUGCUUCAGGUGGUGAAGGAGAUGAAAGAAAAGAAGAAGCAGGUGACGAUAAUGAAAUAGGUCCGGCUGAGGGUACCAAAGAAGUUGAUAGUAAAGCAACUGAGAAAGGGAAUCGGUUCACGUUCUGGCGUUCUGCUGAAACGCGGAAGUCAAAGGGUCAAAAUGAAAUGAAUGACGCCCCUAAUCAAAGAACGGAUACAUCGAGUGAAUUGAAAUCACUUCCCAGCGGUGUUUCAAGUUCUGCCUCGAAGAUGCACGUUUUGAAUCAAACUGAAGAGUUGAAUACCAUUCUUGAUCAUCCAUCAUUGAUCAGUCGUCCAAGUAACGAUGAACAAUCCGAAACACCGACUGAUGAAAAUGUCAAAAAUAACCGAUGGUUGUACACGGUUGAUUCGACCGUUUAUGAAGGUCCAAUAGAAUGCACUGAUCGAGCUGUUGAGCUGUCACCCGUACCAAUUCGUGAUUUAUCAUCUGUUUAUCAUCCAGGGCGAUCUGAUCUUGGUGGAGAAACAAAAUCGAUCACAUUAAAUGAGCGAGAAUUGAACGAUCGAACUCAAGAUAAGUCGGAAGGAAUUGAUGGUGUUACUGGUCGGACUGGUGCUAAAAGCGUUUUCAGAUCAUUCCUCACAGGUCGGAAACUAUGGCAGUUCGGAGAACAGCAGACUACCGCUGAGCAAGAUCCAGUUUGUUCUUCUGUCCUUGAUCGUCAAAAGGAUUUUGACGUUCUUCCACCGUCUGACGAGCUGGCUUCUGUACGAUAUGGUGAAUCAAAAGCACCAGAGGGAGGUACAGAAUCAUUCACGAUUUUAGGUGAGAGUAGACUGCAGAGUAUCAGCGCUGAAAAGGAACUCCAAUUGGCCCCUCUUGAAGAACAUGCUUCUGUUUAUUAUUAUGAAACCAGUUUCGACAAUGACAAAGGUAACAAAUCAGUUAAGCAGCCUUCUAAUAAAAGUUCCUCCAAGAAAACAGAUAAAGGAAGCGAUUCUGGUGGUGGAGGUUUAAUGGCUUUUUGGAAAGGUCGAAAAUCAAAAGGUGACAUUGUUGAAGGUUCUCAAUCCACUCAAAGUGAAUCUGUUUCUGCUCUAUCACCUGAAGAAUCAAAAGAUUCUAUAAUUGCUGAGGACGAGCAACUCGGAAAAAUUGGUCGCGAUAAUGAACUUCCAACCGCGGCAAUUGGCGACUUUUGUUCUGUUUAUUACCAUUCGGAUAAACCGAUUACGAAAAGAUUAGAUUCGAUGCAUGAAAAGAGCGAAAGGAAGCUUGAGGUGCCGGAUAGUAAGCCGGCAGAUUCAUCAGUGGUGAUUGAUAGUAGUAAGCAGGUUCAAAAGCGAGACGAAAGAUAUGAAAAUAGUGAUCGAGAGAAAGAAAUUGCUCCAACUCAACAGUUGCAAACGACUCCACUUCAAGUAGAUAAAGCAAAACCGUCUUCUGUUGACAGUGGUGUGAUGCUACCUGAAAGUACAAACCGCACCGGUACAACUUCUGUUUACGCAUUCAGACGUGUCGAAGAUUUUGAUUCUCGAACUGCUGAACAAGCACAACAAUAUCCUUCAGUAAUCGGACGCAAAAUCGAGCUAUCGUCCAUCAAAUCUUCCCUCGCAAGUACCAAAGCAGCCCCUCAUGUUACCAGUGUUGUUGAGCGUUCAGAUGGAGGUGGUUCAGUGGAUCAUGAUGCGUUGUCGAUUCGACGUCCAGCACUUUUUGGACAAAGCUCUCGUGCGACAACCGACUAUGCAUUGUCGAGCAGUACGGAUGUCAAUAAUGGGCGAGAAGCAAGUGAUGAGCGUAUGCCAUCAUUUUACACGCUUCAAACGUACAUAAGUGAUCCGAUGGCGAGUGAUGGUACUACAUCCAUCAAGUAUCCAUCAAAUGUUCAAACAGCAACUAUACGAAUUGAUGAGAGUGGUAUUCACAAGCAAGUUAAACCAAGUGAAAGCCAAUCAAGUGCUGCUGAUGUCGUUUGUUUACCGAGUGGCGAUGAUCGAAGUGAGCGUAUAAUCACUGCAACAACAACAACAACGACAGUGCUGGAUAAAGAAGCACCAGAGGAGGAUCGAGAAGUGAUCGAUAUUCAAACAGUAAAGCCAUCGUCUAGAGCGGAGUCGAAUAUAUCCGUAGAACAACAGCCGAAUUCAGCACUCACAGAUGGUACAAUGGAUGAGCAUCAACAAGUAACUGGAGCAAGUAAUGCAUCAUUGAUUGGUUAUAUUAAACGGCGAAUAACACAGACUGUUACCAAGUCAUCCGACAAGAAAGAAUCAAGGAAAAAAUCGGCUGAUAAGAAAGUCACUAAGAGUGGUACGCUCGUCGGUGAAACGCCUGCUUCAACGACCUUGGUCGAUAAAGAGUCAUCGAAACACAUAUUGCAAAAUGCGACUGGAUUUGUUCCCAUAAAGAAUGAUGAAGACAAGUUGCAACGUGCUAAGGAAAUCGAAACGUUGGAGGCAGGUGUCCUUUCGAAGGAACAAACUGAUAGUCCAUUUCAAACUGGAGAAACUGGAACAACAUCCGUUGAUGAAACGUCAACACCACACACGACCAUUGAAUCGUGGCACGGAUCGACAGAAGAGCCAGAAUCAGUUGUUAUGGAUAUAGAUAAAUACGGAAAUGUUAUUAAAAAGACCGUCAAAACCCAUCAGGUGAAGCAUACCAUCCAGCGUCAGACUUAUCAGACCUAUUCAACAACAACAGCAAAGAAUGGAGAAUCGGAUGUUCAAACAGUUGAAAGAUCGCAGCAAAUCAUGACACCAAUUGGUGAGGGUUCUAAUGUGAGUGGCACGACUCCAGUGAUCGAAACGAAAAGUCACACUGUGGCGUUCGAAGCAGGUCAACUACCACUGACGAUGGGCAUCGAAAAUGAUGAUCAGAAACGUGACGAUAUUCCGGGCGAGUUGAUUUCCUGUCGAACCAUCACAUCAGGCAAUCGUACGGUGGAAACUAUUACUUACAAAACCGAAAAGGAUGGUAUCGUUGAAAUUCAUGUUGAGCAUCGCGUCACUAUUCAUUCCGGUGCUAAUAUCGAUCAUGAUGCUGAACUAAGUCAAGCGAUUCUCGAGGCGACCAAUAUGAACCCAGACAUGACAGUCGAGAAGAUUGAAGUGAAACAAGAAACGCAGCGUUGA